CUGGUCAUAUUUCUCCUUUUUUAGAAGAGUCAAUUAGUUUGAAGAAAGCUUUAAACUCUAUCAAAGAAUGAAACCUAAAUCAAGUUGUUGAAUCAUAUUAUAAAAAUAUCAUUGAUGCUCUAUUUAGCUCCGCUCCUUUAUUGUCUCCUUUUAAUUUAGUUAUUUUUUACUGUCCUACUUUAAUGUUUAAUCUUAACCAUAUUUCUAACUUUUUUUUUCAGGUUGUGACUGUAGCAGGGGAUUUAGCAGAUGAUAUAAUUUUUUUUUUGAAAGAAAUGGGUGUAUUUACCAUUUUGUAGUGUGCAACUACAAAUAGAACUCCUCAAUUAAAUUACCAUUUCGUUAUUACAAAACUACCCUUCACUUUUUUCAAUAUCAUUCCCCCAACAACCUACUUCUUCUACUCUCUCCUCUUCACUCUCACUUUACUCCUUUCACGCUUAUUUAGUUUAUUUUAUUUUAUUUUAUUUUUUCGUUUAAAAGAAAACAAAAAUGGCUAAGUCGUCGUCGACGAUAGCCUCGACGACGUCGCUUCCAGCCAUCAAACCAGCCGAUUACUCUCACAGUCCGGUUCACUACGCCGUCUCAUUGCGUGACCACACUACCUUGUCCCGAAUUGUCUCCACUCUACCUCGACUCGCUGAGCCAACUCAGAUCCACACCGAGUCAGACUCCCUCGCCCAAGAACGCUUGGCGGAUAAGGUAUCUUCUGUACUAGACCGCCGGGAUGUUCCUCAUAGAGAGACUCCUCUUCACCUUGCCGUCCGAGUAAACGACACCGUUGCCGCUAGAAUCCUUGCUAAUGCCGGCGCUGAUGUCUCGCUCCAGAACGCUGCUGGUUGGAACCCCUUGCAGGAGGCCAUGUGCCGCCGUAGCAACGACAUAGCUCUGAUUCUCCUUCGCUUACACCACCGCUCGGCUUGGGCUAAGUGGCGCCGUCGUCUGCCACGUGUCAUCGCAGUCCUUCACCGAAUGCGCGACUUCUACAUGGAGAUCUCGUUCCACUUCGAGAGCUCUGUGAUUCCCUUCGUUGGGAAAAUCGCUCCCUCUGAUACUUAUAAGAUCUGGAAGCGAGACGGGAAUUUGAGAGCCGAUACCUCAUUGGCUGGAUUCGACGGUUUGAAAAUCCAACGAGCCGAUCAAAGCUUUCUUUUCCUCGGAGACGGCGAUCAUAGCCGCGGUGUUUCUCCUGGCUCUCUGCUCGUUCUUAAUCGCGACAAUAGGAAAAUCUUUGACGCCUUUGAGAACGCUGGUUCGCCGAUGAGCGAGUCUGACAUUGCCGGAUUCUGCUCCCAGACGAGCGUCUACAGGCCCGGUAUGGACGUCACGAAGGCUGAGCUCGUCGGGAGGACCAAUUGGAGAAGACAAGAGAAGACUGAAAAUGUUGGGGAAUGGAAAGCUAGGGUUUACGAAAUUCAAAAUGUAGUGUUUAGUUUUAGGUCAAGAAAAGUAGCUAAUGGAGAUGCUGACGUGGCUGGGAGCGAACAAGUACUACCUCUUGAGCUCGACGAAGACGACGAUGGUUUUUUAGUUGCUGAAAACCCAAAUUUCCUCAUGCCUGAUCGACGAAGGCAUAGUAGUUUUGUCAAGGAAGAUAGACCAAGGCCAAGUAGCUUCGUUAGAGAAGAUAGGGAUUUAUUGACAUUGGGAAGGAAGAGCGUGGACUUGCCUUCUGUAAUUGCGCCGCCACAGAGGAGGACUAUGGCUCCGCCGCCGGUGGCAUUGCCGCCGCAGACGAAGGAGAAGGAGUACGUAAGGAGCCUUAGGCCGUCGGUGUGGUUGACAGAGCAGUUUCCCCUGAAAACAGAGGAGCUUCUGCCAUUGUUAGACAUCUUGGCUAACAAAGUUAAAGCCGUAAGGAGAAUGAGGGAGUUGCUCACCACCAAGUUCCCGCCGGGGACAUUUCCAGUCAAGGUGGCAAUACCAGUGGUCCCUACAGUGAGAGUUGUAAUAACAUUUACAAAGUUUGUUGAGCUUCAACCAGUGGAGCAAUUCUUCACACCACUUUCAAGUCCCAGACACUUCGUCUAUGGUAAUGGCCUAAGCCAAUCGGAGGAAGAACAAAAGUCAAGGAGUCACAAUUCAUCGUUACCCUCGUCCUCGGCCUCGUCGUGGCUGAGGCGGAACAGCAGCCAGUCGAGUUCAGCCACCAAGCAGCACCGGUCUGCUACAAUGGCACUAGAUACUGACCCUUUUGCUAUUCCUAGUGGAUAUACAUGGACGAGUGUUGAUGAUAAAUCUACGAAAAUGAGGAAAUCUAAGUCAGUCCGAAAGUCUAAGUAGAAAAUAAGAAACAAAAACAAAGGUGGAAAAUCAAUUUAAGGAUAUUAGAAGUUUGUUUAGAUUGAUUGAUAGAAAUAGUAGGGGGUGUGUUUGUAUACAUUUGUAGAUAUACCAUAUAUCCGAGGUUCAAAGUUGUUUCCCUUGGAAUUAUAUGGUCUAAAGAGAUUUGGGUUAACAAAACAACAUCUGAAUUGGGUGUAUUAAAUUCCUGUAAUUCUGUGGCUAACAAUUUUGUUUUGUUUAUCCAAGUUUUAUUUGGAAUA